GAACACCACUUCAACUCAAACCCUCAUCGUCAAUCACAUAUAACUCCCCUCAUCUCAAAGUUUCAAUUCAAUCAUUCGAAAAAAGUCAACCAAAUGGCUUCUUCUUCUUCUCCAAUUUGCAUUAACGAGACAUUGAAAGACGACGAGCUUCGAUCCAUAUUCUCAAAGCUGGAGAGUGACAAAGAUAAGGAGAUAUUUGGGUUGGUUUGUAAGAGAUGGCUCCGCUUGCAGAGCACGGAAAGGAAGAAGCUUGCUGCACGUGCUGGUCCUCACAUGCUUCAGAAAAUGGCUGCUAGAUUCUCUCGCUUGAUCCAAUUGGACCUCUCUCAGUCUGUUUCUAGGUCCUUUUAUCCCGGUGUUACUGACUCCGAUCUCUCUGUUAUUUCUGAUGGGUUUAAAUCCUUGAGGGUCCUCAGUUUGCAGAAUUGUAAAGGAAUUACUGAUAACGGAAUGCGGUCAAUUGGGCAUGGUCUUUCUUCUCUGCGCUCCUUGGAUGUAUCAUAUUGCAGAAAGCUAACGGACAAGGGCUUGUCAGCUGUUGCUGAGGGCUGUAGAGAUUUGCAGGCCUUACAUCUUACUGGCUGCAGAUCUAUUACGGAUGAAGUUUUAAAAGCUCUUUCUACGAAUUGUUCUAAUCUACAAGAGUUGGGCCUGCAAGGAUGCAGCAGCAUAACUGAUGAUGGGGUCACGAAUCUCGUUAGUGGUUGUAAGCAAAUACGAUCCUUAGACAUGAAUAAAUGCAGCAACAUUGGGGACGUUGGAGUUUCCAAUCUUUCCGAGGCUUGUUCAUCUCGUCUCAAGACGUUAAAGUUGUUGGAUUGUUACAAAGUUGGAGAUGAGUCUAUAUUAUCUUUAGCAAACUUUUGCACUAAUCUUGAGACCCUCAUAAUUGGUGGGUGUCGGGAUAUCUCUGAUGCCUCUGUAAAAUCCUUAGCAUCUGCUUGUAAAAAUAGUUUGAAGAAUCUGCGUAUGGAUUGGUGUUUAAAUAUAUCUGACUCUUCACUAAGCUGCAUUCUCACUAAGUGCAGAAACCUAGAGGCUCUUGACAUUGGAUGUUGUGAGGAAGUUACAGAUGCCGCAUUUCAAGGUUUAGGAACAAGGGAUGCUAAAUUAAACUUGAAGGUUUUGAAGAUCAGCAACUGUCCAAAGGUAACAGUGACUGGGAUAGGGAUGCUUUUGGAAAAGUGCAAUGCUUUGGAAUACCUUGAUGUGAGAUCCUGCCCGCAUGUCACGAAGUCAGGUUGUGAUGAAGCUGGUUUGCAGUUUCCAGACUGUUGUAAAGUAAAUUACACAGGAAGUUUAAAUGAGCCGGAUGUUUUAAUUUGAGACUUGAGAUUCUAAAAAGAUUGGAAAAAUCCCGUCUUGGGAAAUCCUAAGCAUAUUCUUCAAUUUCUUGCAGAGUGGGUAUCAGAACAGAUAAGAGCUUUGCUAGAGAAUCUUCUUUUUAGUUCUUGCAUGUAAAGUUUUUGGCAUUUUUAUGUGUUCAUCACCUAAGAUGUCUGUAUAUUUUUAUUCUGUUAUUUUUUUUGUUAUUCUGGUUUUUCCUUCGUCCUUCCAGCCAUGAAUGUAUGUUGCUUUGUUAUGAUUGUAAUUAUGAUACUAAUAAUGGAAUUUACUUCAUGAUCCCA